AUGUUUCUGUACCAGCUCAUCAACUUUUUCUUUGUCUCUUCCAAAAAGGAGGAUGAGAAGUCACAAUAUGACCUGUCUUUGUACAAACGUGGUGAUCUAUUGGAGGUCCCCAGGACCUUAUUCACACACUUUGGCAUUUACUUGGGUGACAACCGUGUAGCCCACCUCAUACCGGACAUCCUGCCUGUGAUUUCCAAGGAUAAAUCUGCAAUCUCCACGGUGGUGACGAAUAACCGCCUGCUGCUGGGGGUCAUUGCUAAGAUUGCAAGCGUAAGAGUGGACUCUGUUUCUGAUUUCGGGUUUGGCUCAGAGAUUCUGGUCAACCACAUGGACGAGGUGUGCAGCGAGCCUCCUCUGGACGGAGACGAGAUAGCUAGACGGGCAGAAAAACUCAUGGGCUCAGUCACCUACAGCUUAUUGUGGUACAACUGUGAGCAUUUCGUCAUGUACUGCAGAUAUGGCAUGGCCAUCAGCUACCAGACUUACCAGUUCUGCACAGCAGUACGGAAAAUUGUCUGCAGCAGGAUGAGCUCUUAUUUCACUGCACUGUGCGGCGUAGGAGCCAUGCUGUACGUGGGCUGUGUGACACCACUGACACUUUUACUGACCGUGCUCAUCUCAUUCACUAUCUGGAUGGCAGCCUAAAGGCCUCCAGCAAGAAAGACUCAUUCAACACGCCGGUGGAGGCUGAAAUGAAAUGAGUUCCUUAUAAGUUUACUUUUUAUGUUCUUUGGAUCAUUUUAGGUCUUUUUUUUUUAUAAACUGAUGUGAAUGUGUCGUCUUAUAUCGAUCAUUCUUUACUGUCAUUCUUUUCUGAACAGCUUUUUAUUAAAAUCUACUUUGUUAUCAUUAAUGUUCACUACUUGGCUUUGGUUUGGCACAUUUCCAAAUCCCUGGUGACCAUGGUGGAGAUAAAGAGGUAUUAUCAGAGUUAAUUUUAGUGUGUUUUGUGAGUUGAGGAAAAGUUCAUGAAACUGUAAUUAGAUUCUGCUGAGGUUAAAAGUUUGGCUUGGACAAAGUGCAAUAAGUUUCUUACCAACAAAAAAAUAGAAUCACUUGAAAUAUCAUAGUGAUGGAUGUGUGUGUGUGUGUGUCAGUCCAUUAAAUCUGUAUUUCUA